GCACAUAUUUAAGAAGACAUCAAACAACCAAAACCCAACGAUGCAAGUUCAUAGCCCAUUCUCUUCCUGUCCUUCCCACAGGCAGCCAACUUCUGUUCUUUUCACCAUGUAGUCCGGUAACUUAGAGAAGUGACACGGUCAGGUUUUCAAAGUAGAUGGACAAGAGCGAGGGCGUGAGAGUGGAUCAUUUUCACUUAGAAAGAUAAGUUUGGCUGCAAUUUGGGGCCUGGGUUUUUGGGGGUCAGGCUGGGACACAACGAGGAGGCUGUUGAAAUAACUAUUGGGAGGCGAAUUGAUAAUGUUGAGUCAGGCCAGUGGGAAUGGUGGGGGUGGGGGCAGUGAAGUUAAGGUUCGGGAACAUAGCAGCCGAGAUUUGGAGUUGGAGGUGAGGGAGAGGGUAGACCUGGAUAUUCUCGGAAACCUGGCUCUGCAGACGUGCCAUUUCCUGAGUAGAAGCCCAGAGGCAAGAACAUUUGUGUGGGGACCCUGGACUUCUGUUCUGGACGUAGAGUGGUUGGAGGGCCAUCUGGGAGGUGGAGCAGUGACUCAGGAGAGAGGUCCAGGUUGGGGCGGAGCCUUCAGCAGCAGGGAGCAGUUAAGAGGGGAUGGGACUGACCAGGGAGACCUGCAGACAUGGUGUGUUUAGCUUCUGCAUUUUCAAAACAUUUGUUAGCAAUUAAUUUCAGUGUGGAAAGAUUUCACAUACAAACCUAGAUCUAUAUCUAGCUUUCCUUGAAAAAUUAGAAUCUUUAGCAGUGCUGGGCCUGCAUUCUCAGCCAGUAGCCGUUCGUGGAGCCGAGGCAUGGCUGCGACUUUGGUGGCCACGGCUCUCUUCUGCAUUCACUUGGGUCCCCACCAGCCACCUUUACAUUCCUGCCUGGGUUUGAGGGAAAAUGAACCAGCCCUCCUUGCCCGUGGGAGACUAGGUCUGGAUGACCCAGGACAGAAUAGGGGAAUCCCCACCAGAGCUGGGAUGGGAGAAGAACCAGAAAGCCAGGUGCAGGUCAUAGCCUGGAAACCCAAGAGAAGUCCUCCCCGCCUCUAGCAGGAUCAGAACAGGAAGUCCAUGGAUUCGUAGUUAGGAAAUGGUCGAAUGUGGACUAAGCUUGCUUUCUGGAUCGAGGGAAAGGGGGAAAUGGGAGGCCUGAUGGGGAGGGAGGGGUUUUUUAAGGUUGAGGAGACUUGACCAUGGUUAAAUGUUAAGAGAGACCUGGUAGAAAGCAACAGAGAGAGUGAGUGCAGCGUAUCCUAGAGCAGCCAGACGAUUUCGGGUCCAGAGGGCUGGUGGAGUGCAUCUUUAUGCCCUUUGGGGCCUGGGACACCCUGGGUAACUCAGAAUGGGACUUCUGAUGCCUGGGCUGGCCACCUAUGGGCUGCAUCUCCAGGAGGGAUGGACAGGGAGUCCCCUAGGGCUAGUGCUAGGCUUUGCCUUGGCAUUGCUGGUCACCCCCUCCUUAACACCCCUCCCCUUCCUACUGGGCACCCCACCCUGUGCUGCCAGGGGUGGUCCAGAUUCCACCCAGUAAUGCCAGAUGCCUGCAUAGUAACUUCCUUCCCUUAUUUCUUAAGACCUUUGCUCAAAUAUCACAUGGUUACUAGUGCCUUCUCAGACCACCCUAUUUAAAAAUCGCACACUCAGACAUAUUUUCAGUCAGCCUUAUUUUUCUCCGUAGUACUUGCUUCCUCCUGAGAUAUUAUUUACCUGUUGUUGUCUGUCUCCCUCCAUUGGCAUACAGGCUCCUCAAGGGCAGGGACUUGACCGGUGCAUUGCAGAAUCUCUGGCACCUGCAUGUGCGGGGCAUGUGGCAGGCCAUCACUGUCAGUGGGCUCACUGAACAAGAGAGCACAUGAACCUAAUGGCAUUUGCAUCAAGUGUGGGCUUGGCAUCUAUGGAGCAAGGCAAGCGUGCCAGGCAAUGGGGAGCCUGUAUCACACCGACUGUUUCACCUGUGACUCCUGUGGGAGACGACUUCGUGGAAAGGCGUUCUACAAUGUGGGCGAGAAAGUGUACUGCCAGGAGGACUUCCUGUACUCCGGGUUCCAGCAAACGGCUGACAAGUGUAGCGUGUGUGGACACCUCAUCAUGGAGAUGACCUGCCAGGGGCUCAGAGCCAGAGCCUAUUCCGGGGGCUGUGCUGAGCCUUCCACCUGCACUGACCCUUCAGUGCCUCCCACCCCCAGAUCCUCCAGGCCCUCGGGAAGUCCUACCACCCAGGCUGCUUCCGGUGCUCUGUGUGCAAUGAGUGCCUUGACGGGGUGCCCUUCACUGUGGACGUGGACAGCAACAUCUACUGUGUCAGAGACUAUCACACGGUUUUUGCACCAAAAUGUGCCUCCUGUGCCCGUCCUAUCCUCCCUGCACAGGGCUGUGAGACAACCAUCCGUGUGGUGUCCAUGGACAGAGACUACCACGUGGAAUGUUAUCACUGUGAGCCUCUUUCUUCCUGCCCGCCUCCAACCUGCCGUCACAGCCUUGUGUUCCAGAACCACCGCGCCCCUGGGGGGCAGGUCCCAGGUCGCCGCGGGACUCGGGGCCGAAGAUGCCACACGGCGUGCAGGGGGCACGGGGAUUUGGUCAUCUGGAUUCCAAUGGGCGUUUUCAGCCACAAUUCCAGCUGAGUCUCCCCAUCCUAGCUCCUGGCUUGGGAUCUGCUCGCUCCCCCACCCCGCCCCCCUCCUUCAGCCUCGGGAAAAGAACCGUCUUGGAAUUCCAGCCACAGCUCUGUCAAGAGACGGUGAAGGGGCGCCCUGCUGGCUUGGCAGGGAGAACACCUGUUGGGGGAAAAGCACUGUGUAUCAGACUCCACAACAAACGCAUAUGAUUUGACUUAAAUUAAGUUUUUCUUUGGAGAAUAUUUUCAUUUUCUUUAAAAGAAUAUAGUUUUCUUCUCAAAACUCGGCCCACAGUUAUUUCUUAGGAAAAUUAUAAGAAACACAGAUGUCAAUUUUUAUGUCAUAUUUUCAGGUGGUAAAAGCAUUGUAGUUUAACUAUUUUUGUAUAAAUGCCUCUAAAAUCUCAAAAUAUGUGUCUACUUUUCAGACUUUAGUGUGGGGUUCUCUUUUCGUCAGUGUCUUAAGAGUGGUGACCUAAUGAAACGGUUUGCGGAAUUGUGGAGUAAUUUUUUUUCUAUGAAAGACAUUUUAGCAUUGGGAAGAGUGGACCUCUCACUGAUGGCUUAAGUUGGAGUAGCCCUUGUGGGUGGCCGCUGCAGCAAGAGACCCCUAAUUCCGAUAAACUAUCACAGUGCUUUUCAUGGAA